AAAGAACUGAAUCAUUCGCAUUAUACUAUUGUUGUUUACUCUGUUCUCUGUUAGAAUUAUCUGAUAUCAGAAAAACUUCAAUGAGUGCUUAUUUUCUCAAAUCAUUUUAUCUUCUUCUCCUACUUUCAUUGCUUACUUCAGGAAUUAGUGUCACAUUGAAGAACUCAAGCGAAAGUGGUGAAGCAAAGUGCAUAGAGAGGGAGAGGCAAGCACUCCUCAGCUUCAAAAAAAGUCUUAUAGAUGACUUUGGCAUGCUCUCCACUUGGACCAAUAAUACAGAUUGUUGCAAAUGGAAACGCAUUCAAUGCAAUAGUCAUACUGCUCAUGUGCAACUACUAGAUCUUCAUGGAAACCACAGUUAUACACCGUUUUUGAGAGGUGCAAUCAAUAUCACUUCAUUGAUCCACUUGCAAUAUAUUGAACAUCUAGAUCUCAGCAAUAAUUUGUUUUUUGGGAUUGGCAUCCCAGACUUCAUGGGCUUGGCCAACUUAAGAUACCUCGGCCUCUCCAAUUCUGACUUUGCGGGGAGGAUUCCUUCCAAAAUUGGUAAUCUUUCACAACUACGCUAUCUAAAUCUUAGGGACAAUUAUCUUUGGGGACAAAUUCCUAUUCAAAUUGGGAAUCUCAAACUAUUACAGUAUCUCGAUCUUGGAGGAUUUUUUCUUUCUGGAAAAAUCCCAUCUCAAAUUGGGAAUCUCAGCAAGCUACUAUAUCUCAGUCUUGGAUGUAAUUAUGGAAGGAAUAUGGGACACAAUGUUUCAAAUUCUCUUUCCGGAGCAAUCCCUUUUCACAUUGGGAAUCUUCCAUUUUUGCGUACUCUUCGGCUGGGUGGCAAUUUUGAUAUAAAAGCUAAGGAUGCACAGUGGUUGUCUUCUCUCCAUUCCUUAACCGUUCUUGAACUCACUUCAUUACAUAAUCUUGGCUCAUCUCGUCAGUGGUUACAAACUAUCAGUAAGAUCCUUCAAAACUUAACAGAGCUAAGGCUAGUUGAGUGUAAUCUUUUAGACAACGAUAUUCAAUCUUUGUUUCAGUCUCAUUCUUCCAACAACUCACUUUCUCUUACUCUCCUGGACUUCUCUUCUAAUAUGUUGACAUCAUCAUCACUUCAACUCUUGUUUAACUUUAGCCUUAAUCUUCAAGAGCUUUAUCUUCCUCAUAAUUAUAUUUCUCUAUCACCUCUGUGUCUAAAUUUUCCAUCUCUUACCAUCCUUGACCUCUCUUAUGGUGAUCUAGCGUCAUCAACCGUUCUAGGUAAUUUUAAUAUCAGCUCCAAACUGCAAGAGCUUCAUCUACAAAGCAACGGUCUUAUAGAUAGCAGUUUCCUUAUUUCAUCUACUUCCAUAAGGAAUUCUUUGUCCUCUCUUCUCCACAUUGAUCUCUCCAAUAACUUGUUAAGAUCAUACCCUAUAUUUCACUGGCUUUCUAAUUUCACUACCAAUCUUCGUACCCUUCAUCUUGAUUUUAAUUUCUUGGAAGGUUCCCUUCCAGAUGAAUUUGGGAAAUCGAUGAACUCUCUCGAAUAUCUUUUUCUCUCUAAUAACAAACUACAAGGAAAUGUUCCAUCUUUCUUUGGGAACAUGUGCCAGUUACAGGUAUUAGACCUCUCAUAUAACAAGUUGAAUGGUGAAUUUCCGAACUUCAUUCAAAAUUCUUCAUGGUGUAGUAGACCCAUAUUUAGGGAUUUGGAAUUAUCUUAUAACCAAAUAACUGGCAAGAUACCCGAGCGCAUCACACUACUAUCUGAGUUGGAGACGUUAUUGUUAGAUGGGAAUUCUUUAGAAGGUGAUGUCACUGAAUCUCAUCUUUCUAAUUUUUCCAAAUUAUAUUUGUUAUCACUGUCAUACAAUUCGUUGUCUCUAAAAUUUGACUCUAGUUGGAUUCCCCCUUUUCGAUUAACUUACUUGGCUCUAGCUUCCUGCAAGCUAGGUAAGGCUUUUCCAAACUGGCUCCAAACUCAAAGUUCCUUAAUCUAUCUGGAUAUAUCUGAUAGUGGCAUAAGUGAUUCCGUGCCAGAAUGGUUUUGGAAUAAGUUGCAGACUAUAUACGUGUUGAAUAUGGCUCAAAAUAAUAUCAUUGGUUCAAUUCCUGAUAUGCAAUUGAAGCUUCCUUCCAGACCAUCAAUAAAUUUAAAUUCAAAUAAAUUUGAGGGAAAAGUUCCAUUAUUUUUUCUACAAGCUUCCGAGCUGUUACUCUCUUCAAAUAAUUUUUCAGAUUUAUUUUCAUUCUUAUGUGGAAACGUCACCGCUGCAAACCUUGCCACUUUAGAUUUAUCAGAUAAUCAAAUAAAGGGGCAACUUCCAGAUUGUUGGAAAUCUGUAGAUCGAUUAUUAUUUCUUGAUUUAAGCAACAACGAAUUGACAGGAAAGGUUCCCAUAUCCAUGGGCAACCUUGUUACAUUGGAAGCUUUGGUUUUACGAAACAAUAGUUUAAUGGGUGAAUUGCCUUCCUCUUUGAAGAAUUGCAACAAAUUAAUUAUGCUGGAUGUGAGUGAGAAUAUGUUGUCUGGUCCAAUACCAUCAUGGGUUGGAGAAAGCAUGCAACAACUGAUAAUAUUGAUCAUGCGAGGGAAUCACUUCUCUGGAAAUCUUACCCUUCCUCUAUGUUAUUUGAAACGUAUUCAGUUGUUUGAUCUUUCAAUAAAUAACUUAUCAGGUGGAAUUCCAACUUGCUUAAAUAAUUUUACGGCUUUGUCUGCAAGCAACAUCAACAAAACUGAAACUGAGAAUCGUGUGCAUUGGUACAAUAAUACUUACUAUGAAAUUUAUAGCAUUUCCGGUUAUAGUUAUUAUACGCUUCAUAUAACAUGGAUGUGGAAAGGAGCGGGACGCAACUUCGCAAAUCCAGAAUUGACUCUUUGUAGCAUUGAUCUCUCAUGUAAUAAUUUAACAGGUAAAAUGCCAAGAGAGAUUACAUAUAUGCUGGGAUUAGUUUCUUUGAAUUUAUCAAGAAACAAUUUGAGUGGAGAAAUUCUUUCCGAUAUUGGAAAUUUAAGUUUACUUGAAUCUCUUGACUUGUCAAGAAAUCAAUUCUGUGGGAGAAUUCCUUCUUCUCUUUCUCAAAUGAAUUUUCUCCAAAACUUGGACUUGUCACACAACUCUCUUUCUGGAAGAAUCCCAUUGGGAAGACACAUGGAUACAUUUGAUGCCUCUUGUUUUGAAGGAAAUAUUGAUCUUUGUGGUGAACAACUUAACAUGAGUUGUGCUGGAUAUCAGACAUCUGUAAAGUCUCAAGAGGCAACAGUCCAUGGAGAAGAUUUUGUUUUCUAUGAGGCAUUAUACAUGAGCUCAGGAAUAGGAUAUUUCACAGGCUUUUGGGGCUUAUUAGGACCAUUGCUACUUUCGCAACCAUGGAGAAUUGCUUACUUGAGAUUUUUGAACAGACUCAUAGACUAUCUAUUUCUAAUGGUUGAAGUGAACAUAGCAAAGUUCCAAAACUGACUAAAAGACUUAGAGAAUUUGCAGUUUAAAUCGCUUUUCAUCGAGACUCCA